AUGGCCUCCCAGCAGAACACCAACACCACCAACAACCAACCCGGCCUCGUCGCUGGCCACGCCGAGUACAUCAAGGGCGCCGCCGAGGCCGCCAUCGGCUCCGUCACGGGCUCGCAGGCGUGGACGGCGUCCGGGAAGCAGGACAAGGCGCACGCGACGUCGGCGAUGAAGGCGGCGGGCGAGCAGCGGGACGCGGCGGCGCAGGGGUACGGCAAGGCGGAGGAGACGGCGGGGAGGGUGUUCGGGUGUGACGGGAUGAAGAGCGAGGGGGCUGCUAGUUCGGGGAAGGAGGAUGAUGGGGAGAUUCGUCAGGCGUGA